AUGCCGAGACAUGUAGCUUUAGCUAUCAUCGUUUGUCAACGAAGUGAAAAGGUUUUGAUGAUCACCUCUAGAGCCAGACCGGAUUUAUGGAUCUUGCCUAAAGGUGGAGUGGAAGAUGGUGAAACGUCAGGUCAAGCUGCAGUAAGGGAAGCAUGGGAAGAAGCUGGAACACCUAAAGAUUUAUUUCCACCGAAGGAGGAAGAUAAAUUAUUGAUCAUUUCUCUAAAAGGGGGUAAAAGGGGUAAAGGAUCUAUAUGGCAUGUACAUGUUUUAGAAGUGGAUGAAGAUGAUGUGAAGAGUGUUAAGGAUUGGCCUGAAGCACACCAACGUCAAAGAGCUUGGUUCACCCUUUCCUCUGCUCUGAGCAGAAUCAACGAGUGGAGAAAAGACCCAUUCGCCGCUGAGACGUUGGAAGAUGUUAUGGAUGUUCAAUCUCAGUCGACAAGUACGAACGCUCGAACACAAUCUGUCACGAAGGGAAAGAAGGAUGAGAAAGGAGGAGCUAUGGAAUUGGCAUUACGGACAUUUGCUGAAGCAAGGGGAUGGAUAACGGAUUGA